AUGAAAUUUUUGCUACUUUUUCUGAUCAUUUUUAUCAAUGUUUUUGCACAAGAUUGGGAUAGAUUUGCAGCUCGUGAGAUUAUUGAACUUCCAGUUGGAAGGUGUGAGUUUUUGAAAACUUUGGAUAUUUAACAAAUUUUCUUUUUUUUUAGAUUUCCUGAACCAGAUUGUCGAUACAGUGUUCAUCAUAAAAGUCAAAAUGGUCCAUUAGUUCGAUCAAAAGUCAAUAUCGGGGAUGAAAUCUAUCAUUAUUGGAAUUGCAAUUAUAAAAAUAACCCGAAAAAUUAUUUGUUCUGUGUAGCUGUAAAUAAUUGUACAGUAUCAGAUAAUGAAAGAAUAAUACAAAUAAUUGAUGAAAAUGGAUGCUCAAAAUAUCCAAGUAUUUUACCAGAUGUUAGUUAUCAAGAUGAUUUAUCAGCUGGAAUUCAUGUUCAUGCAUUUUCAUUAGAUGUUGAGACGGUAAGAAAUUUUGGAAAGAUAUAAUCUGUGAAUAUUAGAUAAGACAACAGAAUCUUUCAUAUUUUCUAUAUCUGAAACGGAAUCUUGACACAAAAAUUAGAAAUAGAGUGAAUCUACGUGGCUAAAUUUGUUAUGUUUUCAGACAGCGGUUCAUUUUACUUGCAAUAUUCGAAUGAUAAUAAAAGAAAAUGGUUUAUGUCAUCGUCCAAUUUGCCAUUCAAAAUAA